CACAGUACACCGAGGCUCCUUUGAGCAUGCGAACGUGACGUAGUGAGCCUUCGUACGCGGACAAAAUUCCAACACGGGAAUCGUCAAAUAAUGUAGCAAAAUUUAUCUAAGCCUAAAUUCUACGUGAUUUAAAAAUAAUACAGUUGUUAAAAUCAUUCAUACAUUUUAUUUGUGUUCAUAAACAAAACAAACUUCAAACCAUUAAAUAAAAUAAAUAGCUAAAAUAACUGGACAGAUAAACGACACGAUAAUAAUCUUGAUAAAGCAAGCAUGAGUACACUCGUUAGCACGGACAUGAUAACUGUCAUCCAAAAUCGGCGGGCAAUUUUCAAUUUGAACGUAUAACUACGAACGUUCGAAUGGCGGGACUCUCAAAAGUUUUAGAAAUCGACUCUAUUCCUACCAGCACAGGAAUUGUAAUUGAAAAGGAUAACACGAGAUGGACUUCACUCGCUUAACUUAGUUGUUCCAUAAGGGAUUAAGUAGUCGUUGGCUAUAGUGAAGUUGAGGCGUUUUGUUCAUGGUGAUAAGAAGUUUUGAUGUGGGCGGGGUAUCGAUCGGCGCCGAGUGAGUGCGCGCCCACGGCUCCUGGCGGUAAACAGAAAGCACGCCGGCAGCGGAGAGCAUUAUCAGUCGAGCGCUGAAACGAGAUGCACACGCUCAACGUGCUACUGCUGGCAGCCGCCGCGGCGUGUGCUGUACCUCGCCCUCUGGGCCCGUCAGCUGUGCCAGCUCUGUCGCAGCUGCCGCACCGCAUAGGUUGGCAGCCGCGGCCUUUCCGCAGCGACUUCAUCCUGCCUCGUAUGCUGUUACCCAACCCAUUACUCCGGUAUGAAGAAACCCCUCGCGCUGUCGCCCCUACCGAACAAGACUGGCUGAGUAAGGAAAUUGACCGCAUUAACCAAAUGGACGAUGAUGAAGAGAUAACUCCAUUUGUCGAGGAAUUUUCACGAUGGAUGGCUCGGGAUCCUUACGUUCCCUUAAAAUAUGGACAAGAAGCUGCCCGAGAACCUGCUGAACCCGCUGAACCCGCUGAAUCCGCUGAACCUGCUGAACAUGCUUACGUACCGGAGACCAUCACGCCUGCUCCUGAAGAGAUCCGCCCCGUGCCACCACCCAAGGAAAUCGUGUCGCCUGAACCUAUCUCAGCACCUCAAGUGGUGGCCCAGAAACAAAUCUCGUUGACCGUGGCGCCUGCAGAAACCGGCAGUGAAGAAAAUAAAAAGACGUUCGCACUGACACCUCUUGAUAAGGAAUACUACGAGCCCGAAGACCAAACAGUCACCGAAAAACCUGAUGGACCUCAUGAAGGUGGUGAGUCAGCUCCGGAGGCGAUGAGUCUGGUGGAUUUCCAGCCUCCACGUCAGAUCCGGCAGAACCCUAACCUUGGUAGAACGAAAAACCUGAUCGCUGAAAACCUGGACCGCCUUCGAGUUGGACUGGCAAAUAAGGACUACCGUAUCCCUGUCUCCUUACUGCCAUCCAACCUGCGCUGGUUGAGAAUAAAUCCCACUGAUGUGCCUGAGACAAGCACUCAAGAGAACCCCGAUGGCACGGAUAAACCUCGUCACAUCCAUGUGCUGGAAUCUGCGUCGGACCCGGCUGACUCGAUCUACGGAAUCGCUCUAAUUGCUGCUGUCGGCACCGCUCUUACUAUGGCUAUCAUCGGUUUUGCGUUCGGCUGGUACACACUAAGUAAGAAAGCUAAAGCUGCCGCUGAUGUGGACUACCCUGCAUACGGAGUGACUGGACCUAACGUUGACAUCUCUGGCGACAGGAAACUUGCUCAUUCGGCCCACAUGUACCACUACCAGCAUCAGAAACAGCAAAUAAUAGCAAUGGAAAGAAAUGGCUGUGAGCACCGCAAUGGAUCUGUUUCUGACCCUGAGUCUGAGGAAGAGAACGAAGAAGGAGAUUACACCGUCUACGAAUGCCCUGGAUUCGCCACGACGGGCGAAAUGGAAGUCAAGAAUCCCCUGUUCUCCGAGGACCCGACCCCGGCUACACCCGGCAAGUGCGAGAUAGUUAAACCUCAGCCCAAAGAUUAAGUGACGCGCGCGCAAUUGUUGCGCACCCUCAUAAAAGCCUGGCGAUCGAUCUUCAUAGUUUGCAAUCUCUUCAGUAUCUGUUUGAUGUACACCCUUCAACGCCAAGGUUACUUAUCUAACAGGAUUAUUACUCACCAUAGUUACAUAGAUCAGUAUAUACGUACCGAUGAUGUUUAGUGUUGUAGGAAUAGUGUGUUAAUAAAGUGACGAAAUAUGAGGCAGUCCUACACGACGACCGCUUUCCACGUUAUUGACUCACGAAUCAGAUUUAUUAGAUUACUUUGUCGAUUUUAUCUAGACAGUUUGUGUAGGUACCUUCAGUACAAUGUUCAAAUACAGUAAUUAUAUGAAAAAAGUUACAAAAAAAAAUCGCACCAUAAAUGUUUAUGCUCGUUUUAAUGAUAAUGCCACAAAUAUAGUAAAUGAUUAUAGAGUAUUUUAAGCGCAACACUUAUUGACUUGCUAUUGACUUGUAGCGUAUACUACAAACCCUACGAAUUUAUUUAUUGUUUCAUCUAUAUUAUAUACAAUAUUGUAGCCUAUAUGUACUUGCAUUCUGGAUACAUGGUAACACUAACAACUAUAAACCAAGACCUUCCUAAAAACAUUAGUAUUUGAAGAAAAUCAUAUCAAUCACUAUACAUAAUCCUACUUAUUUGUGAGACCAAACGAAGUCCAAACUGUGGCAACUGAACCAUCACUCGUGUUCCUUCAUAGUGGGAAUUUUAAUCAUUUUAUAACGAAUUUGGCCUAAACUAAGAUUUUACAAAAUACAUUCAAACGAAACUAGUUUUUUUAGGAAGGGAUUUUUCAACGUUUACUUGUGCACGGUCAACAUGUUGACGCCUACAUAGCAUCCCCGAUAAUAUCAAUUUAAAAUAAUUUGUAUGCGUUUUUAAACUUAUCAAAUGCAACGAGGACGACCUACAAUAUCUCUAGGCACUCAAUAAUGAUCGAUGCCAUGCCUAAUUAUUGAUGAUACAGGAAUAAAUGUAUAUUUACAUCAUAGUGAUUAUUAUAAAACCGUUUGCAUUGUAA